AUGGAAACAACCUUGAACAGACGAACGGCCAUGAAAUCUGUGGUCGCUGGCUCACUUUCCCUCCUACUCUAUGGCAAACCUGCAUCGGCAGACACAGCGAAGACCAUUAUCAUCACUGGAGCAAAUUCAGGCAUCGGUUUCGAAGCCGCAAAGAAACUUGCGGCAGAUGGUCACAUAAUUGUUCUUGCCUGCCGAAGUUUGGAGAAAGCAACUGAUGCUGUGGAGAGAAUCAAAGCUACAACUAUUGCAAGCAACUCAUUGAUUCCAGCCGAAUGUGAUUUGGCUUCGCUUAAAUCCAUCCGAAAGUUCGCAAGUGAGAUUGGAAAUAUGAGCAUUGAUGUGCUGUGUCUUAAUGCCGGACUUUCAAUGAACACGGAUGACAAGGAAAUUAAUAGGACGGAAGACGGCUUUGAAUUGACUGUUGGAAUCAAUCAUCUUGGACAUUUCUAUCUGAAUAAUCUACUGCUUCCAAAAAUUAACAAGCAGAGUGGUCGCAUCGUUGUCACAGCAUCAGGUGUUCAUGAUCCAGAGUCACCAGGUGGAGGGGUAGGGCGGACUGCAUCGUUAGGAGCACUUCGUGGUUUUGAAGAAGACGGAUCGAUGUUUGAAAUGGUUGACGGGGCAGCAUACAAUGCCGAUAAAGCUUACAAGGAUUCGAAACUAUGUAAUGUUAUGUUCACUAAAGAGCUGCAGAUACGGUUAAUAGCCGAUGACUCUACCAAAUGUAUCAAAGCCAAUUCCUUUUCUCCCGGCUUGAUAACUUCGACAAAUUUCUUCCGCUAUCAAAAUCCUUUAUUUGCAAAAGCGUUUGGUGUGGUUGCGACAAACAUCGCGAGGGUAGCAGAAACUCCAGAAUGGGGUGGCUUGAGCUUGGCAUACAUGGCAACGUCUCCAGAUACGAAUACACAAGGACAGUACUACAUCAGCCCCCCUGGAAGUUCUAAGUACGGCGAAGCAGCGUUUGGAAAAGAGUUCUGUGUUGGUCCAGUCAGUAAAGAGGCCCAGGACGAUGCCAAAGCAAAAAAGUUAUGGGAAUUGAGUGCAAAACUUGUUGGCCUAUCUACAUAG